CUUAGCCUAAGGAUACCAGCUGAGCUGCCAAACCCUCAUUAAGACGCAGAAGGAGGACUCUGAGUGAAUUUUCUACGUCACAGACACAGGCUGGACCCACACCUCAGACGCUUUAUUUCUUACGUUCUCCAAUUGCUGACACUUGUUGUAGAAUCAACUCUUCGACCUGCUUGGCUCCUGUUUUUUUCCCCCCCGCCUGCCUGGCUGUGCUGAGUGAUGAAGAUCCCUCUGUGGUACCUGGUGGUGCUGCUGGCAUGUCUCUUCUCUCCUGGACGCGGUGACUGCCAGGGGGAAUGUGUAGCGUGUGGUCUGCUAAUGCAGCAGCAGCAGCUGCAGCGAGCCUUCAACACCAUGGUGUGUUUGUUGGAGUGUGAGGGUCACGUCUCCUCUUCAUUCACAUGGAAGCUGUGUAAACAUGCCCUAAAGCUGUCGCACCAUCCGACAAUAUCUGAGGAAGGCGCUCUUUUCAAGAGAGCAGGAGGGGAGCUGGAGCUGACCUCUGUCGACCUGAACUCAGACAGUGAGCUGCUGCAGUCGCCAGCCGAAGAGCACUUCCAGGAGGGCGAUCGGGAUGAGACACCCUUUGAGCAGCGCAGUGUCCAGUAUGACUCAUCACUGCUGGAAUCCUCUGAGGAGGGGGAGGGCCUGCGGGGUCUGGUGGAUCUCAGUCUGGUGGAUGAGGACAGGAAGCCAAGGGAGGAGAGGAAUGUGGGGAGUGACAGCCAGCUAGAAGUGGAUGAGGAUGAUGCCUCAGAGGCCAUCACCUUAUCCAAACGGUUUGGUGGAUUUCAGAGGGGCCGCCAUGGAUACAGGAAGCUUAUUGGCUCACCGAUGAGGCCCCUACAGAAGCGCUAUGGUGGGUUCAUAGGUGUCCGGAAAUCUGCCCGCAAGUGGAACAAUCAGAAGCGGGUGAACCAGCUGCUCAGGCAGUACCUGGGCAUGAGGAGCAGCCGCAGCGGCAGGUUCAACAACAUCCCUGUAACUCGCGUUUGGAGGCAAAACAAACUGUAAUGAGAGUAGUCUCGAGCUCACACAAUCCUGUCCCUGUUACCUCGAUCCGUCAUGUUUUCAACAGCUCCACUCCACUCUCAAGUCACCGUCGCCAUCAGAAGGACAGACUCUGUCAUCUUAUUUCACCGCUCUUUGUGUCUCUGAGUAACAAGGAAUGUUUUGACCGUAAUGUUCUUCUUAAGCAUAUUUACAUGCCAGUCUGUGAAAUAAAAGAAUUAGAGAAGUGCAAUUGAAUAUAUUUUUGUGUGUUGGUAUAAUAAAAAGGGCCAAAUAAGUUUGGUAAACUGGUUCACUGCAUGUUUUUCCACCUGAGAUGACACCUUAAAGUUUGACUUUCAUGCAUAUAUCAUAUAUAUAUAUCUGGCACUGACAACUUGGCUUCAGCAGGGUCUUUUUCCACACUGUGGUUUGUUCUAUGAGAAAUAUAACUAAUUCCCAGCCUCUUUAAUGCACUAAUGUGAUUCCACUUAGGUAUCCCCAUUUAAAAUGACAAAUGUUGACUGGCCAUAACUGCCUAUCCUCCUAAAUGUUUGAGCAGGAACGUGUAGCUAGUAUUAUCAAAGUGUGAAAGGACUCACUCUGGAACAUUUCUGGACUUUCAAAUUUAGCAAAACUCUUCAUCCCUCAAGAAAAGCCUUUCCAUUUUUCUGCAUUUAAAAUACUGUGAAAGAGAAUGUCCCUUACCUUCUUAUUGUGUUCUCAUUUCGUCCAUUAGGAGGACUUUAUCAAUGUAGACCCUGCAAGUGAGGAGUUCCUCUUAAGGAACGAGGAGCUGAACGAUGGCCGGCUGCUCUGGGCUCUUUGCAGUGUAACAAUACUGCCCUCUAGUGUUGGUGGAGGAAACUUUCUGCUCUUGGAAACUGACUUGAAAUCAGUUUUGACAAAUGUUUCAUUGGUUUGUAAUUCUCUUGGAUUGUUACCUCUUUUAUGCAUUUCUAAUGAAAUUUUAAAAAUACAUAAAAUGACAAACGUAAUAAUGAGGGUGGUGAUCUAAAACUAAUAUAUUUAUUCUUAAUAAAUAAUCCUGAAUCCAUACAAAAACACAACAUUAUUUUAACUUCUCUGAAUCUGGUCAUUGCCCUUGGAAGAAACUGCA